AUGACUAUUCCCCAAUCAAUUCAUUACAUUGACGCUAAAGGCAGAGUGAAUAGAGCGUUAACGAAAUUAAACACUUUCGUAAAGGCUUCCAGCGAGUAUAAUAAUGAUAGAUCAAGUGUCAGUAAACGUGCCAAGAUACGGCAAAUGCUGAGUGAGCUGAGUGAGAUUCGUCACCAGGUUGAGGAUGACAUCCAAGUAAUGGAAACAUCUGUUGGUCAAAAAACUGCCCCUAUUGAUGUUACUGACAAUCAAUGUAGUACUUUACUGAUUGAGUCUUUCGAUACACUCUAUUACGAACUUUCCGCGUUUGCGGAUGUCCAUUCAUUUUCAUUAUCAAAAUCGAACAAUUCAGCCUCCAAUGUCACAGCCUUAAACCAGUCAAGUGGUAUCAACAAUUUAUCAAUGUUUCAACUGCCCAAGCGCAAACUUCCAACUUUCUCUGGUAAUAUUGUUGACUGGCAAGGAUUUGAGGAUCUUUUUCUAUCUAUUUUAUCUCACGCUCCUGAAUUACCAGACGUAGAAAAAUUUGAACUCUUGAAAACGUCCCUCGAAGGUGAAGCUCUCUCUCUCAUUUCUCAUCUCGCGCUCACUUCAGCAAAUUACCAAAGUGCUUGGGAUCUUUUGCGAAUGAGAUAUGGAAAUAAACGGGAUCUGGCACGGAUACAUCUUGACGCGCUUUUGAAGCCUCCUGAUGUGAAGUGGAAUGAUUCUUCAUCAAUUAAAACUGCGAUUACUACAAUCCUUGAGCAUACUUCAGCUUUGGACAAUCUUGAAUUCGUAACUCGUCAAUGGAGUCCUAUACUAAUACACCUUUAUGAAAAUCAACUCGAUUAUGAACUUCGUUCUCGUUGGGAGCUUCUUGUCGGAGAUAAACAAAACCCCCAAAUGAGUGAGUUUAUUGAUUUCCUGCGUAGCCACGUACGCUCAGCAGAAGUACAUCAGUUGAAAGAUUCUGCCAUCCCGUGUACCUCAACGAAAAAUCAUAUUAAACCACCUCAACCAAAUAGUUAUAAAUCACGAUACGGACCCAAUCAAAAGGUGUUAUCUGCCACGUCAAGUCAAGCACCGACUGUGUGCUGUCCGUUGUGCAAAAAAUCACAUUCUAUAAGGAAGUGUCAAUUGUUCAGCGAUCAGACACCCAGUGAACGUUUUAAGAUGGCCAAAACGCAUCAAUUAUGCAUUAACUGCCUUGGACCUGGCCAUUCACCUUCGGCGUGCCGAUCAAAGUAUAAAUGUCAAACUUGUAAUAAGUCACACCAUACACUUCUACACUUUGAUGCCUCGACUAAUGCACAGGCCGGCCCCUCAGGACCAGCAGACCGGCCGGUAGUCAAUUGCAACACCGCUUCUCUGAGUACAAGAAGACAACGACCGUCCAGAGUGGUGUUACUUUCUACCAUCCUGUUAGAAGUUGUUGCUCGUGAUGGAUCUCGUCAAUCAUUUCGAGCACUGGUCGAUAGUGGCUCGCAGGCGAGUUUUAUUACGGAAAAAUCUGCUUGCUCAUUAAUGCUACGUCGAGACCGUUCAUCUGUAAAUAUUUCCUCUUUUAAUAGCACUACGUGUACUCCUGUUCGUAGCAAAUCCACAAUAGUUAUCACCCCUAGAGGUCGAUUAACUCCAUCGGUCCCCGUUGAUGUAUUAAUUGUUCCACAAAUUACUGAAUGUACACCUCAACAGCCGAUUGUUCCUGGGAAAUGGCCUCAUAUUGUUGAUCUGCAAUUGGCCGAUCCAUCAUAUCACACCCCAGGUGAAAUUGAUAUACUUCUGGGUGCUGAUAUUUUACCUUCCUUGUUGCUCAAGGGUAAAGUAGAGGGACAAAAAGGAGAACCGAUGGCACUCGAAACAGUUUUCGGUUGGAUUCUCAUUGGGCCUGUCAACCUUCAUGCUCAACGCAAUACAGUGUCCCUAUGUCUAUCCAUAUCAGAACCACUCGAUGAGACAUUGAAAGCAUUUUGGGAAAUUGAAGAGCUACCUUCAGUCCCUCAUCUAAGCCCCGAAGACAUUGAAGCAGAAACUUUUUAUAAGUCAUCAACGACUCGUCUUGCUUCUGGAAGAUUCAUGGUUGGACUUCCGUUUCGCAAACCUCUCCCAUUGCUCGGGGAUUCAAAGGCCAUUGCACUUCAGCGUUUGAAGGCCCUUGAACUACGCUUAGGAAAAAAUGAAGAUCUUUGUAAACAAUAUGUGGAUUUUAUGCAGGACUACUUAACAGCUGGCCAUAUGGAAUUAAUUCCACCUGAAACCAUUGAUACUGCUUAUAAAUAUUACAUUCCACAUCAUUGCGUUUUGAAACCUGAUAGUACAACAACGAAACUACGAGUUGUUUUUAAUGCGUCUGCUCAGACUACAAACGGUGUCUCCUUAAAUGAAAGCAUGUAUGUAGGUCCUAAGCUUCAGCCAGAUAUACAGAUUGUGCUGCUCCGGGCCCGCCUUUGGAAAUAUGUAUUUGUUGCGGACAUCAAACAAAUGUAUCGACAGAUUCUUGUCCACCCAGAUGAUAGAGAUUACCAACGUAUCUUAUGGCGUUUUUCAUGUAACUCUCCUAUCGAAGAAUAUCGUCUCUGUACCGUGACCUAUGGCACAUCGGCAGCUCCAUUUCAAGCACUUCGCACUAUUCGCGAGUUGGCCAUGGUUGAUGGUGCCACCUUUCCACGAGCCGCUACAAUUCUUUUAAAUGAUACCUUUGUUGAUGACGUUCUCACAGGAGCCAAUUCAAUAUCAGAAGCGCUCGAGUGUCAACAACAGCUAAUUCAAUUAUGUUCACGUGCACAAUUUGAUCUCCGGAAAUGGGCCAGUAAUAGCAGUGAAGUUUUGCUUGCUGUCAGUGAAGAUGCUCGUGCAAUGGCACCAUCAGUGCUUUUUGAUGCUAGUGAAAAUCCAGACUUAAAGAUUCUUGGUCUCAAGUGGGAUCCUCUGUCAGACACAUUUUCUUUUAAAGGACACCCAAUAAUCAAAAGUCCAACAAAAAGAUCAAUUCUUUCGGACAUAGCUCUAGUUUUUGAUCCGUUAGGACUCCUAUCACUCAUAACUUUAUGGACAAAACAUGUGAUGCAACGACUAUGGACUGAUGGCAUUGGUUGGGAUGAUCCUGUAUCUACAGAAAUCUCACAACAAUGGUCGAAAUAUCAAUCGGAACUUCAUCUAAUAACUAAUAUUCAAAUUCGUCGUCGAUUAACAUACGACAAUAUGUCUUCUGUGCAAUUGCAUGCAUUCUCUGAUAGUUCAGAAAAGGGCUAUGCUGCUGCCGUGUAUUUAAGAGUUGAAUCACCCACUUCGGUGCAUUGUCAUCUAGUUGCUGGAAAGUCUAAAGUCGCUCCUUUAAAACGAUGUACAAUCCCUCGGCUCAAAUUAUGUGGAGCUGUUUUAGCUGCGAGGUUACUUCAUUUUGUUGUCAGCGUUUAUGCGGAUCGACUCAAAAUUGAUGAACAACAUGCAUGGACCGACUCUACAACUGCACUGGUCUGGAUUCAGUCUUCCCCCCACAAGUGGGCCACGUUCAUAGCAAACCGCACGAGUCAAAUUCAGCAACUAACUUCUCCCUCUAUUUGGCGCUAUGUACCCACACAACAAAAUCCCGUUGAUUGUGCUUCGCGUGGAUUGUUUCCGUCUGAACUAGUCACUCACCCCCUAUGGUGGACUGGUCCUCCAUACCUAUUAGAAGUUUCUCAGACAUGGCCACCAACACCAGUGAAUCAACCUACUGAUCUCACAGCUCAACAGUAUGAAUCAAGAAAAGCCACUGUGCUUCACGUGCUCAUCAACUCGUCGAUAAAUGAUUUAUUAGAACGUUACUCGUCUCUCGACAAACUCCUCCGUAUAAUUGCAUAUGUACUUCGAUUUGGAACACCACGUGCUGCACCUCUGCUUUCUACUGCUAUAGGUGCCGAUGAACUAUCACAUGCAUUGACUGCUCUGAUAUAUUUCACGCAACGCACCACCUAUUCUGACGAUAUUGACAAACUGUCCAAGCAGGUUCGCCCAUCCAAGGACCUUCGUAGUUUGGAUUUGUUCCUUGACCCAUCUGGUAUCGUCAGAGUGGGCGGUCGACUUACAAAUGCCAAUAUUCCAUAUGCGCACAAGCAUCCAGCUCUCUUACCUUCAUCUCAUGUGUUGACCAAGCUGAUAAUUGAUCAUCAUCACAUUCGGUUGAAACAUCCUGGUGCUCAUACCCUACAAUCGCAUUUACAACAAGAGUAUUGGAUUCAGUCAGCUGGUCGAACUAUACGCUCUCGUCUCCGGUUAUGUAUCUCUUGCUUCAAAACAAGACCAAGAGGCAUUGAACCAAAAAUGGCUGCGUUACCCAAAUAUCGUGUUCAGCAAAUAAAACCAUUUUCGAUCACGGGAGUAGAUUAUGCUGGUCCUGUUCUGAUGAAACGUUCGCACGGACGCUCCUCUGCUUCAAUGUCAGCGUAUAUCUGUUUGUUUGUGUGCACAGCUACCAAGGCACUACACCUGGAGCUGAGUUCUGACCUGAGCACCGAGACCUUUCUAUUAGCAUUUACUCGCUUUGUCGCUCGACGUGGUCCUGUCCACGAAAUGCAUAGUGACUGUGGCACAAACUUCGUGGGUGCAUCACGAAUACUGACUCCGUUGAAAACUUUCAUUCACUCAAGUUCCUUUCAGGAUCGAGUACAUCAACAGUUAGCGAAAACUGGUGUAAAAUGGUUCUUCAACCCUCCCUCGUCACCACAUUUCGGUGGGUUGUGGGAGGCUGGUGUCAAAUCUGCCAAAGCACUGAUUCUCAGAUCAGUUGGCACACAUCGAUUAACCAGUGAAGAACUAAUGACACUACUCGCCCAAGUUGAAGCCACGCUGAAUUCCAGGCCAUUAGGCGCCUUGAGUAAUGACCCGUCUGAUCUCUCUGCCUUAACGCCCAGCCAUUUUUUAACACUCGAGCCGUCAGCAAAUCUGCCUGAACCCAACAUAGACUCACUACCACUGUCUAAGAUGCAACGGUGGCGUCUCAUCACAGACCUGCAUCGCCACUUCUGGGCGAGAUGGAAAAAUGAGUACCUGUCCAGUCUACAACACCGGAGAAAAUGGUCUGAUAAUCAAGGGAAAUUGGCUCUUGAUGAUCUUGUUCUGAUCAAAGAGCCCACGGCUCCUCUUCAUUGGCACAUCGGACGAAUCGUAAAGCUGCAUCCUGGAUCGGACGGAGUUUCCCGCGUUGCAACCGUUCGAACUGCUACGGGCCUCCUGACCAGACCUGCUGUCAAGCUUUGUCCUCUACCCUCUCAUUGA